AUGCAUGUUGGCCUGCGCCCUCGCCUCAAACCCCAGGCCUCUCUUUACGACCUCAUCCACAAGAAGAACAUCGACCAGAUCUCGACCGCCCUCGACCGUGUUUCGCCCUUGGAGAUCGAGGCUCAUCGCAUCCCCUUGCCCCAGAGCCCGCUGAUAUCACCGCACCCCGAGCUCCCCAGCCAGCUCCCGCCGCCGCCGCGCAUCACACUCCACACAGCUAGCGAUUCCGACGACGACGAGGAGGAGCCAGACAUCGCCAAGAUGCCGCCGAAAUCACAGAAGAAGCAGGAGCAGAAGAUGAAGGGCGAGGACAAGGUCGAGCAUGGCGCCGUCUACUCCAUCUCGGGGCCCGUCAUCAUCGCCGAGAAUAUGAUCGGAUGUGCCAUGUAUGAGCUUGUCCGCGUUGGCCACGAUAGCCUGGUAGGAGAGGUCAUUCGCAUCGAGAACGACAAGGCCACCAUUCAGGUCUAUGAGGAGACAGCUGGUGUCACUGUUGGUGAUCCCGUCUACCGAUCCGAGCAGCCCUUGUCCGUCGAACUCGGCCCCGGCCUAAUGGAGACCAUCUACGAUGGUAUCCAGCGUCCUCUCAAGGGUAUCGCCGAUGAAGCCAACAGCAUCUACAUCCCCCGCGGUAUCAACUUGCCCGCUCUCGACCGCACGAAGAAGUGGGACUUUACACCUGGCAGCCUCAAGGUGGGAGACCACAUCACGGGAGGCGAUGUUUUUGGUGUCGUCUUCGAGAACAGUCUUCUCAGCGAGCACAAGAUCCUGCUCCCUCCCCGCGCAAAGGGUACCAUUACUCGCAUCGCAGAGAAGGGCAGCUACACUGUCGAUGAAAAGAUUCUGGAACUCGAGUUCAACGGAACCAAGAGCGAGUACAGCAUGAUGCACAAGUGGCCCGUACGGGUGCCCCGCCCUUCCAACGAGAAGCUGUCAUCUGAUCAGCCGCUCAUUGUCGGCCAACGUGUCCUCGACUCCUUGUUCCCCAGUGUGCAGGGUGGUACCGUGUGCAUUCCCGGUGCCUUUGGAUGCGGCAAGACCGUCAUUUCGCAGUCGUUGUCCAAGUUCUCAAACAGUGACAUCAUCGUCUACGUCGGAUGUGGAGAGCGCGGUAAUGAGAUGGCCGAAGUUUUGAUGGAUUUCCCUGAACUCACCAUCGACGUCAACGGAAAGAAGGAGCCCAUCAUGAAGCGCACAACCCUCAUCGCCAACACCUCCAAUAUGCCCGUGGCUGCCCGAGAAGCCUCCAUUUACACAGGAAUCACGGUGGCCGAGUACUUCAGAGAUCAGGGCAAGGAUGUUGCCAUGAUGGCCGACUCGUCAUCGCGAUGGGCCGAGGCUCUUCGUGAGAUUUCUGGUCGUCUCGGAGAGAUGCCUGCUGAUCAGGGUUUCCCUGCCUACUUGGGUGCUAAGCUUGCAUCCUUCUACGAGCGUGCUGGCCGUGUCCAGGCGCUCGGUAGCCCUGAGCGCUACGGCAGUGUGUCCAUUGUCGGUGCUGUCAGUCCGCCUGGAGGUGAUUUCUCGGAUCCCGUCACGACGAGUACGCUCAACAUUGUGCAAGUAUUCUGGGGUCUGGACAAAAAGCUUGCUCAGCGAAAGCAUUUUCCUUCAGUCAAUACCUCCAUCAGUUACAGCAAGUACACAACGCCGCUCGACAAGUUCUAUGCCAAGAACAACCCCGACUUCCCUCGCCUGCGUGAUCGCAUCAAGGAGCUUCUUACAACCUCUGACGAUCUCGACCAAGUCGUGCAGCUGGUUGGUAAGUCCGCUUUGGGCGACUCGGACAAGAUUACCCUCGAUGUCGCAACACUAAUCAAGGAGGAUUUCUUGCAACAAAACGGUUACUCAGACUAUGAUCAGUUCUGCCCUCUGUGGAAGACUGAAUGGAUGAUGAAGAACAUGAUGGCGUUCCACGAUGAGGCCCAGAAGGCCGUCUCGCAAGGACACAGCUGGCCCAAGGUCCGCGACGCAACAUCAGAGAUUCAAAGCCAGCUUCGCUCAAUGAAGUUUGAGCUACCCAGCGAUGGUGAAGAGGCAGUCACCAAGAAGUACGAGGAGCUUCUGCAGAAGAUGACAGACAAGUUUGCGUCUGUUGUAGACGAGUGA